AUGAGCCAUGGGGAGGCUGACUUGGAUCUGGAACUGGUUACUCCUGAUAUGGAUAGUGAAUCCUUCAGCUGGUCAGAGACCAGUAUAUGGCUGGAGGGCUCCGACUUCGACCAGGCGGUGGAGCGCUUGCAUUCCCUCUACCGGCUCACCGGCCAGCGGCUGGAGGAAGUGCCAGAAGCAGCAGCAGCCACAAUGGAGCGGCUGCCCUGCUCCCGAGCCAGGAUGGACCUGGGCUUCGCCCAGGGAAGCUUCACGGCAGAGCGCAUCAAGGAGGGAACCUGGUAUCGCAACCGAUGGCACACCCGUGCCACACUCGACUGCCCGAAGCCACUACCGGCGCAGCAACAGGAGUGUGACUUGUGCGCCCUUAACACAUGGCACUCCCGACCCACCUACACAUAUGCAUCCGUCAAAAGCCAACUGGACUACAUACUGAUGCGAUCCCAAGAUGCAAAUCACCAAGCCAAGCUUGCAACGCCACUGCGCAGCUUCCCGGUGGGAGCGUAUCGUCAGACAACCCACUAUCCGGUGCAGGCCGCCGUUCGGCUGCUGCCCAUGGCAUACCGUGCCCCGCAGCUCAAGGCAGAACAUCGCUUUGAAGCGACAGCCCUGCAAUCAGCGGUGUCACAGCAUUCCGACUCCGCCCAGGCGCUUCUGCAAGCAGUGGAAGCCAGACUGCUGGCCCUGCCCGCGGCGCAGGCACUUUGCAAUGAGCAUGACUUGGUCAACACCAUCCUGCUUGAAGAAACAUGUCGUGCAUUUCCACCACUCAAGAGGGUGGAUCAAAGAGUGAGUGCACAUGAGGGCUACCGAGCCUCAGCCCGAGGCACCUGGCAGCUGCAUCGCCAAAUGCGUCAAUCAGGCCUGCCCUCUCUUCGCAACAUUUGGUCAAGAUGGCGCUUGUAUGCACAGUUCCUUCGAGCCUCAGCCCAGCUCCGGAGACAAAGCAAGGACCUCAAAAGACAGUUCCUGGAGGACCAAAUGAGACAGGCAGAAUCCGCGGCCCGCAAAGGCAAUCAUCGAGACCUCUUUCUGAUAGCAUGCAGGUUGGGACCCAAGAAAGCACAAGGGGUCUCUAGACUUCAGGGUCCCGAUGGGCAUGUUCUUGAUAGCAAGGCCGAAAUGGCAGCAAUCAUCAAGCACAGCACCGCUGCCUUUGCCUCCACCCCGGACACCACUAGCCUGCAGCCUCUCCGGGGAAGUCACAGCUUCACAGCAACGGAGCUACAGGCCGAGCUGGGCCCGUGCUUUGAGCAUCACUUCCGCCCCCUGUCGACUGACAAGCUGGAGGGUGACCUCCAGGACUGGACCACCGCGGUCUCGGACCUGACCCUCCAGUUGGAAACGCUGGAGACCUACCAACUUAAAGUCAAUCUCCAGAAAACAGCCUUGCUUCUCAACUUGAAAGGCAAGAUGGCCAAGAAGCUUCUGCGCCAGCACACUCGCCACAAGGCGGGGGAAACCUUCCUGAUCUUGACGGUUCAUGGCCAGGCGUGCAUUCCUCCUUGCCUCACGUACUCCCUCGAGGUAACAGGAUGCACCACCAAAGGUUUGCAGAGACUCAAGACCAUAGCCACCAGGCAUGUGCGAGCCAUCCUCCGGGAGCCGGCACACCUUCAUCAUGUCAGUACCUCAGAUAUUUGGGAACGUGCCAAACUCCCAGUGCCUGAGCUUUCCAUUCUUGCCAGAAUGAACAAGCUCUGUGAGCGACGCGAGCCUAUGCACUGCCCCAACGGCCCGGACCUUGUCACCAAUGACAAGGCAGUAGAACAUCUAAACAUCCUGAUUGCCAGCCUCCAGGAAGCCAUUCAGAGAAUGACCAUUCAUGGCCUCACCUCGCCGGAGGAGGCACAACAAUGCAUCAACACCGGGUUUCCCUGUCCACACUGCAACCUUGUGCAGCCCACAGCUCACGCCAGGCUGCACCUGAUGGGAGACCCAGAGGCGGAGAUCUUCGCACACUGCAUGCCCUCUGGGGCAGCAGAGGACUCCCAGAUACGUCUCCUCAGCAAGAUCAUAUUGAAGCACGAGGAGCAGCUGGCGGCUCUGAGGAAGGACACCCAGUUUGUCCUCUUCUUCCGGCAGGACGACAAGUCGAUCCUGCCCUCCCUCAUGAAUGUCUCCCGGGAGUGGAAAGCCAAGCAGGCCGCGGGGGAUCAGUCCAUUCAAUCCUCCCAGCGGACGGUUUUGAUCAGCUGCCUGCUGCGCGAACUUUUAGCCAGGAUGCAACGAGUGGUGGCAACAGAAGAGGGCAGGGACUCCCUGCGGAAAGCGGAAUGGCUCACGAGCUCCAACGCUUGGACCUACAUGCGAUGGUCCCCCAAGCAUCGGAAACUGGUGGCAGACGAAACCAGGGAACCCAUGGUCCACGACGAGGCCGUGAGAAUCAUAACAGAACUCCAGAAGCUGAUGAAAGGAGAGAUAAUCCACAAGUUCCAAAGUACGGUCAACUUAGCCAAACUGGAAGAACAAGGAGCUCAGCAAGCAAUCUUUCAUCUCGGAGUCUCUCUUCGUGGUUCCGAAGCCAUGGAAGUCUACGAGCAGUUCCGGAAGCUCACUGGACUGUCACUGACAUGUCUCGCGGGAUUCCGCAUGAAAGUGGACGACCAAGCACGUCCCCCGAUGACACAACAGCUGGCACAGAUGACUUACGGUGGAGGUCACUACAGUGUUCUGAGCAUCGGGGGAGCACAAAGUCAUGUCUUGGAUGAUGAAAAGCCGAGAGAGCCAGCCACGAAUGCAUUCCUUGAGAGCAUAGCUCGCAGUCACGACUUGCUCAAACCGAAGAUAGCAGCGAUGUCGGAAGAGAAAGAGAGUGGGAUGAAUCACUUCUUGCUGCGGAAAUACGGGGACACAUGGACAGCGGCACACUUGAGUCUUAUGGAGUACCAGCUGAAAGAGCUCGAGGCGCAGAUGAUGCUGAUGCAACGACAUGUCGACAACAUUCAGUCGCAGAUGCAUACGCUUCAGCUGCUUGUCCAUCGUCACUCGUACUUGUACAGCAACAGAGUAACGAACAAAGCUCGAAUGAUCAAAGUGCGUGUCUUAGACACGCUUGACUGA